UUCUAUAAAUACACAUGGAAACUAGCUAUAAUCCAUAUUCCAACAAAUAUUAUUCCUCCUUCCUAGUACAGUACCAUAUUUCCAAUAGUCUUGUUGUGCUUGAGUCAUCAUUCAUGGCCCUUAACAUUAGCUUGAGAUGUUUGGUAACAAUUGGCCUUGUAUUUUUUGUUGCUGUUCAAGGAACUCUUGGAGUCAUAGAAUGUGAGAAUUUGAAUGAAGACAAAUGUGCAUUUGCGGUAUCAUAUGCAGGAAAACGCUGUGUGCUUGAGAAGCAUGUGAAGAGAAAUGGUUUAGAAAAAUAUACAUGUAAGACAUCAGAGAUUGAAGCUGAUAAAUUGAAAGAUCAUAUUGAAAGUGAUGAAUGUAUUAAAUCUUGUGGUUUGGAGAGAAAAUCAUUUGGAAUUUCAUCUGAUUCUCUUGUUGAAUCAAGUUUCACACAGAAUCUUUGUUCUCCUGAGUGUUACAAAACUUGUCCGAAUAUUGUUGAUCUAUACUUCAACCUUGCUGCUGGUGAAGGUGUGUUUCUUCCCAACUUAUGUCAAGCUCAAGCUGGUCGUAGACAAAUGGCUGAGAUCAAAAGCUCUGGCAUUGUUGCACCUCCACCUUUUCACUCUCUCCAAUUCUUUGCUACUUCUCCACAAUCUUCUCCUGAAGACAUUAAACUCGCAGCUUCUGCACCAGCACUCUCACCAUUCCACUAAGUAUGAUAUAUCUAUUUGAUGCUUCUUAAUAGUAAUGAAUUAAAUCAUGUCAUGUCUAGUUUGAAAUAAGGAAGUUGCUCACCAAUAAUAAAUCUAGCCAUAUACAAUGAAUAAAGUGUGUAAUUGAUUGAGGAAUCUAAAUCUAUGAGUAAGUAAUUCAAAUAUAAUAUCAAUUUUGGUCUUAUCCAAUUGGGAUGAGAUAUUGAUAUUUUUCUUGUGGAAUAUAUUAUUAAUAUAGUUUGUUGAGUAGUAGAA